AUGUCUAUUCAGCUAGGUGAACAAAACAAGCCACCGGUAUCUCUAAAAAAGAGGCUUGGGGCAGCUAUCAUAUCAAUUAUUGUGCUUGCUCUUAUCUCUACUCAAGUUUAUACCCAGUUACUCAAUCCAGAAUCAAUUGAAGAACUAUCAAGAGGUGUUUGUGAACAAGGUAAAGUCCUCAGACCGUCUUCAUAUUUGAAAGAUAAGACUCAUCUUGAGUAUAUUGUCAAAGAUAAAGCAUUUCGUGAGGAAUCUAUCAAAAAGGUUAUUGGUGCAGUCAGAAUUCCAACGGUUACAUAUGAUUAUUAUGAAGACCCAUUAGUCAACCCACAACAGUGGAAUAAUUUUACCAGGUUUCAUGCUUUUCUCGAAGCUCAAUUCCCAACUGUUUAUCAAAAUUUGAAAGUUAGUAGAUUAAAUGGCUUUGGAUUAGUAUUCGAAUGGGAAGGUUCAAACUCAAAAUUAAAGCCAAUUUUACUGGCAGCACAUCAAGAUGUUGUUCCAGUUGAGCAAGAAACGAUUAGUAAAUGGAAAUAUCCCCCAUUUGAAGGUGUUUCAGAUGGUAAAUAUAUCUGGGGUAGAGGUUCAUCGGAUACCAAAACUUUGCUGAUCUCAACCUUGCAAUCUGUGGAAAGACUAAUUCAUGAUGGUUUUAAUCCAAGAAGAACCAUUGUAUUAGGUUAUGGGUUUGACGAAGAAAUUGGUGGUAAAUGGGGUGCUUUCAAAAUCAAUGAAUAUUUAAUCAAUAAAUAUGGCAAAGAUUCAUUUUUCUCAUUGAUUGAUGAAGGUGGAAAUGGUGUCAGUUUCAUCGAUGAUGUCGCAUUUGGUGUACCAGCUAUUGCUGAAAAGGGACCAAUGAAUGUUAACAUUGCUUUAACAACACCAGGUGGACAUUCAAGUGUUCCUCCUGACCAUACAAAUAUUGGUAUUUUAUCACAAUUGGUAAACGAAAUCGAAUCAACACCUUUUGACCCCUCUUUGAGUGGUAAUAAUCCAUUCUUGAACUUUAUUCAAUGUGUUGCUAAAUAUACUGAUGAAUAUGAUAAAGACCUUAAAAAGAAUAUUUUGAAAGCUGCUUAUGAUAAGGUUGCAAAUUCUAAAGUUAUUAAAUUCUUGCAUGGCAUCAAAAAAUUCAGAUACUCAAUUCAAACUUCACAAGCUAUUGAUAUUGUUCAUGGUGGUGUAAAGGCAAAUGCAUUACCAGAAUACUCAACAUUGGUUAUAAAUCAUCGGAUAUCUGUUGAUUCAUCUAUAGAUGAAGCUAUCAAUAAAAUAAUUGGUAAUGUUGUUAAAGUUGCAAAAAAAUUUGAUCUUGGGGUUUACCAAAAUGAAGUUGAAGUACUACCAAAAACUGAAAAUGGAUAUUUCGAGCUGAAAUACUUAGGUUUAGCACCAUCCCCUGUCUCUCCUUUGGAUACCAAAAGUUGGGAAGUACUUUCUGGUUCCAUUAGACAUAUUUUAGAUGAUUACGUGUUUCCAAAUGCUAGUGCCCCAUCGGUCGUUGCAGGAGGAUUAGACAAUGCCAAUACAGAUACUAGCAAGUACUGGGACUUAACGAAGAACAUUUAUAGAUUCAAAUUCAAUACUUUGUCAAAUAUUGAGGAUGUUGGCACGCAUAGUGUUAAUGAACAUAUCUUAAUUGAUGAUCAUAUUCACUUGAUUGCAUUCAACUACGAGUUCAUAUUAAACGCUGAUGAAGCUGACGAUGAAUAA